AUGUUGCGAGAUAUGUCAGCGAUCAAGAUAAAAAAACCUCAACCAGUGGGACAAGAAAAAGCGAAGACUCCAAUAUCGUUGCAUAAGAGUAACUCCUGCCCGUGUCUCCUCCCGAGCAGAGGCACAGAGGAAGGAUUCGUAUGUCGUUACCAUCAGUCAUGGUUACCGCGCACAAAGUCAGCUAUUUUUCCAAGCCAAAGCCAAGCUCACGAGCGUGGUUCCGCAAAUCGCAGCCCUCCUCAUAUCCAGUCUUGUUUCAUGCCCCUCUCAAGCGGAGCAGUGGCCAUGCCUACAACACUAGAAUCUGGAAGCCCAGAGGUUCUUCAGCACCUGUGCAGUGUAAGCGCCUGUCCAGCCUGUCCAUGCUGUUCAUGCGGCUGUAACUGCCUCCCUCCGCCUUGCAACACUCCACCCAAAUGUAUGCAGUUUAUGACUGGCUAUUACUAUUAUCCUUAUGGUUUUUGGUUUUGUGGCCCGUACCACGUCACUGGUACUAUGUGCCCUGGAGGUCCUGUUACCCCGGGUGGGCCGUGUGGACCUAAUCCACCUGCUCCUGGGGGGCCUUGUGGGCCUUGCGCUCCGGGCUGCGUGUGUGGUGUGUAUGGAGUUAACAAUGUUUUGCCUCAAGAAACUCCUAAUGAGCAAAAGUUGGACAAGUCGAAAGUUUUGGAUAUUUAUUCUAAAUUAUGCAUGCUCUGUGGCCCAUCCCUUUCCCCCUGCCGGCAUCCCAAUCCUAAUAUUGCUAGCGGUCCUUUCAACUGCUCCUGCUGUUGUGGGCCAUGUGGUGGUUGUGGACCGUGCGGCCCAUGUGGCCCUAGUGGUCCAUUCGGACCAUGCGGACCGGGCUUUCCAGGGAUGAGUUGUAACUUCGCCGGUCCUUGUGGUCCAUGUUGUGGGCCGUGCGGUCCAUGCGGUCCAUGUGGUCCAUGUGGUCCAUGCGGUCCUUGUGGGCCCUGCUGUGGGCCCUGUGGUCCAUGUGGUCCAUGUGGACCAUGUGGACCAUGUGGACCAUGUGGACCAUGUGGACCUUGCGGGCCUUGUGGCCCAUGCGGGCCCUGCUGUGGUUCUUGUGGACCUUGCUGUGCCGGCCCAUGUGGGUGUGGAGGCGGCUGCUCGUUUCCACCGUGUGUACCUAUAUGCCGGCCUUGGUGUGGCCCUUGUUGCAGCUGCGCAGUUGCACCAGUACCAGUAAACCUUUCACCGACUGCCACUACAUGUGGCUCCUUACCAGCUCCUCCAUUUGAACAAAUGUUUGGCAUCAAAGUGGCGCCCCCUCCUAUACCAUUUAAUACAUGCUGUAAAGAAAGCGGAAGUUGCUUCUGUGCGCUAUGUCAAGGCCAAACGAAUGCCCAAACCUCUCCUCCAACCAGUGCUCCUCCUGUUCCUUCUGAGGCUUCCACUAAUCCCGCUACUUCUGGCGCUCCCGCUGCCCCUCCUGUCAGUACAAUCAACCCACGUCUUAUCCGCAAGCAUCCGUUCAAUACAACAGCUUUCCAACAACAGGAAUCUUCAAACAUGCAAGUACGCUCAUUAUCUUCAACUCACACCAUGACUGCUUCCUAUUCUACCCAAGCUUAUAUCUCUGAUCCGGGACAAGAUAAGCCACCGUCUGACAAAGGAGACAGCUUACAGCAAAAUAUACCCAGAGCGGAGAAUCAUACGUCAUUCAGCGAUGAGUUGAAAGUGAUGAAGACAAAGCGUAAAGAGAAUAUUUCGACCCGAAAGGUAGACAUUUUGCUAAAGACCAUUGCGCCUGUUAAGACCAUAAAGGAAACACCAUUUUAUACGGAACUUGAUGAAAAGAAAUGCUUGGAAAGACCAUGGCUAGCAGGACGCUCUCUUCUGUCGCAAACUUCUGUAGAAAGACGCAGAUCUGCUUAA